UGCAACCAGUACAAUAUCGAUAGCGGACAACAGCUGUUUGAAAAACAGAAACAAAAACAGCGUGGUCGUCAAAAUGACAAACUUGCGCAAGGAGCUAGAGAAAUGCAAGCAUCCCAACAGCCGAAAGACAAAGGCGCUAGGCAAAAAGGCGCGACGUCAAAACAACAAACACAAAGUGCGCAUGGGACAUGCCAUCAAAAGUAAUAUAAUGGGAGAGAAAUUGAGCUGGUUUCUCGGACAAAUCGAAGAGGGACGCACAACGCCGCUGAGUCCGCAGGAAUUUGAGGAUUUGAUUGCACUCUAUCUGCAGCGUUUCGAUGAGGAACUCGAGCAAAUUGCACUCAAACAAUCGAUAGGCAAACAUCGGGCUAAUCAGCAUGCGGCACGACAGGAUGUUAUCAAAAUAACGCUGGAAAGGGAACGCAACGAGUAUCAAAGUGGUGGCAUGGAAUUGUUGAAUCUCUGCGAUGCCGCCAAAUUCAAAAUGCUCUUCGAUUGGGAUGGCAGCGCAUUGAGUGUGCAACAUUUAAAGCUGGAUUUGGUGUCAUACAACAUGUUGCAGCGGCUGAAACAGGCAACAGCAACUCAAACUGAGGCAACGACGAGCAGCAAAGCAAGCGGAGAUCAAAUGGAAACGGCCUAAGAAUUAAUUCCAUAUAACACUUAUCGAUAUUUGCACAACUGUUUAAAGUUUGUCAACAAAAGUUUUUUCAUAAAUUAGGCGUAAACUAAA